AGUAAGACAUUUUAAGAAGAAGUUGAUGUUUGGACGGAUGCAGAAAGUCAUAUCCAAACAGUUAUUUAAGUCUUUGACACAACUUUUCUUAUUACGGAAUUCAAGAACAGUCACUUCUAAAAUGUCUUUCCAGUACCCAAAUGCUUACCGUGACGAGGCAGUUAUGGAUGACUACCAUGGCAAUAAGAUUCCAGACCCGUACAGUUGGCUGGAAGACCCAGACAGCGAAAAGACGCAGGCUUUUGUCAAUGCUCAGAACCAGCUGACACUGCCCUACUUGGAGCGCUGUGAGGUGCGGGACCUGUUCAAGGAGCGCAUGACGGAGCUCUACGACUACCCCAAAUACAGCUGCCCCUUCAAGAGGGGGAGCAGGUAUUUCCACUUCUACAACACGGGUCUCCAGAACCAGAGUGUGAUGUAUGUUCAGGAGAGCCUGGAGGCAAAGCCCACAGUCUUUCUGGACCCAAACACUUUCUCUGAGGACGGGACUGUUGCUUUACAAGGCUAUGCGUUCUCAGAGGAUGGCGAAUACCUGGCGUAUGGUACCAGCGCCAGCGGCUCGGACUGGGUGGAGAUGCACUUCCUGCAGGUGGAGGGGGCUGUGGCCCUCAAGGACAAACUAGAGAGGGUUAAGUUCAGCUGCAUGUCCUGGACCCACGACGGCAAGGGCCUCUUCUACAACUCCUACCCCAUGCAGGAGGGCAAGAGCGAUGGCACGGAGACUUCCACCAACCUGCACCAGAAGCUCUACUUUCACGUGCUGGGGACCCCCCAGUCCCAGGACUGCCUAUGUGCUGAGUUCUCCGACCACCCCAAGUGGAUGAGCGGUGUCGAGGUGUCCGAUGACGGGCGCUAUGUGCUGCUGUCCAUCAGGGAGGGCUGUGACCCGGUCAACCGGUUGUGGUACUGCGACCUCCAAACCACUCCUCAGGGCAUCACAGGCCUGUUGCCGUGGGUGAAGCUGAUAGACAACUUUGAUGCGGAGUACGAGUACGUGACCAAUGAGGGCACGGUGUUCACCUUCAAGACCAACCUGGAGGCCCCGCGCUACCGCCUCAUCAACAUAAACUUUGCCCAGCCUGCCCAGGCCAACUGGAAGGAGCUUAUCCCCCAGCACGACAAGGACGUCAUCGUGUUUGCCACCUGUACCUACUCCAGCCUCCUGUUCGUGUGUUUCCUGCACGAUGUAAAGAACGUCCUGAAGAUGUACCGUCUGAGCUCGGGGGAGGAGCUCAGGACCUUCCCCCUGGACGUGGGCUCUGUGGUGGGCUUCACCGGACGCAAGAGGGACUCUGAGAUCUUCUACUACUUCACCUCCUUCCUCUCGCCAGCCGUUAUCUAUCACUGUGACCUGACCAAGGAGCCCCUGCAUCCCCACGUGUUCCGGGAAGUCACUGUCAAAGGCUUUGACCCCUCUGACUACCAGACCACUCAGGUAUUCUACCCCAGUAAGGAUGGCACAGAGAUCCCCAUGUUUAUUGUCCAUAAGAAGGGCCUGAAGCUGGACGGCUCUCACCCAGCCUUCCUCUACGGCUACGGAGGGUUCAACAUCUCCAUCACUCCCAGCUACAGUGUGUCGCGGCUGAUCUUCGUCCGACACAUGGGAGGAGUCCUGGCGGUAGCCAACAUCAGAGGAGGAGGGGAGUAUGGAGAGACCUGGCACAAAGCGGGCAUGCUGGCCAACAAGCAGAACUGCUUCACAGACUUCCAGUGUGCAGCAGAGUACCUCAUCAAGGAGGGCUACUCAUCCCCCUCCAAACUCACCAUCAACGGAGGGUCCAACGGGGGCCUGCUUGUAGCGGCAUGUGUGAACCAGAGGCCGGAGCUGUUUGGCUGUGCCGUGGCCCAGGUGGGCGUCAUGGACAUGCUCAAGUUCCACAAGUUCACUAUUGGCCACGCCUGGACCACCGACUUCGGCUGCUGCGAUGUCAAGGAGCAGUUUGACUGGCUCAUCAAAUACUCCCCGCUGCACAACAUCCACGUUCCCGAGGGCGAGGGUGUCCAGUACCCCUCGGUCCUCCUCCUCACAGGUGACCACGAUGACCGUGUUGUUCCCCUGCACUCCCUCAAGUAUAUCGCCACACUGCAGCACGUGGUGGGCCGCUGGGCGGGCCAGAGUAACCCGCUGUUCAUCCACGUGGACACCAAGUCGGGCCACGGUGCCGGCAAGCCCACCAGCAAGGUCAUCCAGGAGGUGGCCGACACAUAUGCAUUCAUCGCCCGCUGCCUCAACAUCUCCUGGGUCAAAUGAGGUGGCGGAAGACCUCCGACACAUACGCCUUCAUCGCCCGCUGCCUCAACAUCUCCUGGGUCAAAUGAGGUGGUGGAAGAUCUAAGUCCAUGGAGCGCUGUGGUUCUAGUUCCCCCUUCUCUCUUUCUUUGUGGAACUCUUCCUGAAAGUAUCUUAUUUCACUGGUUGUCUUUUUGUCUUUAUCACAAAGUUUAUAUUCAGCUGUUCCCCUCCUCUCAUCUUCUUUCUUUGUAUAUAUCUGACUUGAGCAGUAAUCAAUGUCAACACACUUUAACCUGUGUUUCUGGUCUGUUUCUCUCCCGCUCUGUUUCCCAAAUAUGUAUUAACCACCCCUCAAAACGUGUGCUUGUUUUGGGCAUGCACACCAGAAGUAGAGAGUUACCGCCCUGUCUCCAUCCCUCAUCCUUCUGUCCCCAGUACCCUACCCCGCAGGCGCCAGCCCCGGCACAUAACCCCCCCCCUCAUAGCUCUUCCUCUUAUUUGUCAUCCUCCUCUGUAUUAUACUCCAUGUGUAUUUUGGUUCUGAUCGGAUAACCCUUGUUUGUUCAAUGUCGAGAGAUAGGUAAUACAGGGUAGGACUUAAAACACUUAGUUAUCAGCCUAAAGGUCAAAGGUUAAGGCUGCAAAUGUCAUCAGUAGGUGGUCAUAAAAUGAAACAGCCCCCAAUUGGUGCAACCCCCUACACACUACAGACAAUUAUAUGUAUUUAUCAUUCGGAGUGCAUUUGGAAGGCUGUUGCUCAGUAAAAUCACUAGGUAAAUUAUUUUAGCAUUUAGGAUUUUAACUCUUCACAGUGUUGGCGUGAAUGGGUUUAGAUUUAGGUUCUUUUGUUGUGUGGCCAGGAGGCGGGUAAUGCAGAAAGAAAGUGUGUGUCUGUGUGUGUCCACAUAUCCUCUCAGACUGAUGUUAAUUUCUACCUCUUGACAUGUGUUGAUUGUUUAUCAAUUAAAGGGAUAUAAACAACUAACUGCAAUGCCACAACUUCAAUAAAAAACAUUUUGAACAGUG